CUCUGGUGGCCUGCCAGCAGAUUACCCUGAUGCGCUGCAGGUUGCCCACCACUGAUCUAAGUCAUUAAUGAAAAUACUGAAUAAUACCGAACCAAACAUAUAUCCUUGUGAAAUCCCACUAGAUAAGUCCUCCAAGUUUGUCAAUGAACUCUCUUUCCUUUGCAUUGGGAUAGUUUGCUGUUACAUCUUUAUUGAUGUCUCUAUGAGAAGCUGCCAGCUCUCCUCAACUCCUUUUUCCUUAAAAUUUUUCUUCCCAUAGGACCUUACCUAUCAGUUCUCUAAGUUCUCUAAGUUUGUUAAAGUCUGCUUUUUUUUAACUCCAUUGUAUGUAUUUUGUCACUCCUUCCUUUCCUUUCUUUUCUUUUCAAGAUUGCUUUCACCCAAGUUCCCUUUCACCUUCAGAUUCAAAACCAAAAUUGGUUCCUGGUUUAGUGUUUUUGUUAUGUGGUGAGUAGUUGAUGAUGAUGUGGUGGAAGAUGGGAGUGUGGACAAGUAACCCAGGAAAGCUAAAGUGGAGCCUAGGAGCAGGGUGGAGACCCUUGUCAGAUCCUUGAAAAAGAAGAUGUUUAACCAAUGAGUGUUUAGGCAUGGGCUGGACUGGGCCUUGCCUCUCUUUAAAGGACAAGGAAGAAGUGGAAGGUGUCUCUGUAGGAGCCAUUUUUUCUGACUAUCAACGAGUUCGAGUGGAAGACGUGUGUAAGAGGCUUAAUCUGCAGCCUUUAGCUUACCUUUGGCGUCAAAACCAGGAAGCUUUGCUCAAAGAAAUGAUAUCAUCUAACAUUCAAGCCCUCAUCAUAAAAGUAGCAGCUUUUGGUUUAGAUCCAGAUAAACAUCUAGGAAAAACGUUGGAUCAAAUGGAGCCUUAUCUUUUGGAGCUCUCUAAGAAGUAUGACGUUCAUGUUUGUGGAGAAGGUGGAGAAUAUGAAACAUUCACUUUGGACUGUCCCCUGUUUAAGAAGAAAAUAGUUGUGGACUCAUCCCAAGUAGUUGUACAUUCAGCUGAUGCAUUUGCACCUGUGGCUUACCUCCGCUUUUUAAAAUUACACUUAGAGGAUAAGGAGGAAUCUUCAGACAAAUUUGUGAUCUGUAGCUGUUCUUGCAAGGUCAGCUGCAAUGAGGAUAGUAUUGCACCUGUAUCUGAGGAAGAUGGACCACAGAAAACCCCUCCUAUCAUCUGGAAAUUAUUGGAACAUAAUUCUCUGCAAUACAGGAAGCCAUUAGAAUGUUUUGGAAAAUCCUUAAGUGGUUACCAGUGGGUUUCAGGCAUCACUGCCCGCUUCCUUCAACUAGAAGGAAGGAGUAUUCAAGAUGCAGCUCAGGAGGCGUUUUCUUCCCUCCAAGCUAAUAUGAAUUCAAAGGGAUUGGAAUUGAAAGAUAUUAUUUUGGUCCAUCUGUAUAUGAAGAACAUGAAAGAUUUUGCUGUUAUAAAUUCAGCUUAUGUGACACAGUUUGAUUUGUGUCCACCGGCAAGGGUAUGUGUAGAAGCCCCAUUGCUUGAUGGAGUACUCUUUUGUAUGGAUUGCCUUGCACAUAAGUGUGACGUUACGAUCAGUGAUGUACACCGUUAUCAAAAACAGAUCAUGCAUGUACAGAGCAUUUCUCACUGGGCACCUGCUAACAUAGGACCUUAUAGUCAGUCCAUCAAGGUUGGAGAAGUUCUAUACUGUGCUGGACAGAUUGCAUUAGUACCUUGUACCAUGCAGCUUGUAGGUGGUGGCAUACAAACUGAGGCUACAGUCUCCCUAAGCCAUGUUGAGAAAGUCCUUAAAGCUAUGAGCCACAACACUGAACUCCACCACAUCCUUAUGGCAAAUUGUUAUGUAACUGACAGCAAGUACAUUCGUGUUGCUCGCGCUGUAUGGCAAAAGAAAUUAAGCGAACUUAAAAAGGCAGAAGAUCCAGAGAUGUACAGUGAUCUAGCUGCAGUCUGUGGAAUGCUAACUGUGGUCGUGGUUCCCCACCUACCCAGAGAUGCAGUCAUUGAGUGGCAUGUCAUUGCAGUAGUGGAUGAUCCAUCAGAAAGGAAAACUUCUGUGAUGAAGAUGAUGUCAGAGGGCUGCCAAAUUGUAUGUGAAGCUGUGGAGUCCAGUUCUGCAUCUAGUGCAUCUAUCUCAAUAUGCCUAAACUUGAUUUCACCAUCUGUUUCGUCAGUCGAUUUAGAUAGGACUCUUCAUGAUAUGGUUGCUGUGUUUAGACAAGCUGUCGAGAAACUUUCAGAAGAUUGCACUGCAAUUCCCUUGUGUUUCAGAACUUUCUACAGGAAGGAUAGUUUUGAUGCUGAAACACUACAAGCAGGACUACAAGAUUACCUAAAAGACCAGUUGGGCGAGAAGACUCCAGCUCUGAUUCUGGUACCUGUAGUGGAUUUACCUGAAAAGGAAGUUAUUCAUAUAUCAUGCUGGCUGAGCUAGUCAUUCAUAAGUGAUCAGUUGAUAUCAAAGCAUGUAUUCCACCCAGAAGAGAGUGAAGAGAAUAGUUGAUCUUGAUUAUGUUGAAUAUUUUCAUUAAACAUCAAGGUGUACAUUGCUUGAUUUGAGCAAAGCCUGUCUUAAAAUGUUUAUAUUUCUAUGGACAGUGCCUGAUGACAAAUGACACAUUCCACAUUUGGAGGAAAAAUAAAGAUUUUGUU